AUGCUGUUCGUCAGAGAGAGAAAGAGAGAGAGGAGGUGCAUGAUGGAUCCCGUCCCACUGCUGCUCAUCAUAGUCACAUCUUUGCCGUUGUGCUCGGCCGUCUACACCGGGCCCCUCCAACCGGAGAUCUCCAAUGGCACUUUCCAUCACUUCUUUGUCCCGGACGGGGAUUACGAUGAGACUGAAGACCUGGAGGACUGCCAGAUGCUGUUUAAAUUCUCGGAUGUGUAUCCAUGUGGGGCCUCCGAAGAGAGGGACUCCGUUGUGAGGGACGACUUCAUCAUCACCAAGCUGCAGGCGGAGGACGCGGCGCGGCUGCUGGAAGGCAUCGGCCGGACUGUGGCGCACGACCUGGACGGAGAGGACAGCUACGGCAAGUUCCUCCAGCGGGAGAUCUCACAGAUCGGCGAGGCUUUCUCAAGCGUGGAAAAAUCUCUGCUGGAGCUGGAAGUGAAGUUUAAACAAAGUCAAGAAACUGAGCUGAGAGAGGAGCUGAACGGCCAUGUGAUGAAGCAAGUGAGCGACAUCCGGGGAACUCUGAGGGAAACUACAGACAUCUCUCUGGGACUGAAAGAUAAACACGAGCUGCUGUCUCUCAUCAUUCGCAGUCAUGGCAGCAGACUGAGCCGCCUGAAGACAGAGUAUCUUAAUGUUGGCUCAUAGGGGGCUACUGAGAGUGUGUGUGUGUGUGUGUGUGUGUGUGUGCGCGUGUGUGUGUGACCCUCCAGUUCAAGAAACAACUGGAAAGUUAGUUGUGGCUUAUGAAUAUCUUUCUUUGAAUAUACCUGACCUACGGCUAUCCCCAUUCUUUGGAUGUGUCAUUAAAGCUCAAACACAAACAUCCAGACAUUCCUCUGAGUCAGGGGGAAAAAGGAAACAUGAAUUAUGUUUGUGUGGAGCCCUCUUUGCCAUGUCCGAAGAAGAAGAGUUUGAAGAGUGUGAAAAUAAAAGCUUUCAGCUUCUGAAUCAAUAUUAUGGCUAUAUAUUUUUUUUUUCUGUUUAAAUUAUGUUGUUUAUAAAAUUGUAGGUUAUUGCUGAUUAAAUAAGUGCUUAUUAUUCAUCACAUAAGGCGUGUUUCAUGUUGUAAUUCACAUGUUUUUUUAUAAUAAUUUGUCCUGAGGAAGACACACGGCCAUACAGUGAUGUAUUUUACAAACCAUCUCCCUUCUUUGAAGCUUGAGGUUUACAUACGUAAAAACCUUUUAAAAUCUGAACUUCUGAUUCAUCGGCAGUCGUGUCGUUACGUCACGUUUUGUUGUUGGCUCUAUAAGUGGCAGACUCAACCAUCCUGUCAAGUCGCACUGGUUAAUUGCCGUCUGAAGUCUGUCAUUGCCUCCCAUUUCCAUCUGGAAGUCAUCUAUUCAAGUAUGAAGUAUGUUCGUCUAAAAGUGGCCACUGUUAUCAUUAUCUACUCUUUUGCCUUUCAUGAUCUAUAAAAUCUGUGGUUUGUUUGAAAUGUAUGAUUUUGGAUGAUGUCAUUUUACUAAAACAGACUUAUAAAUGAUAUACAGCUUGUUUAAAUCUCUAAGAAAUAAAUUCUCCCUUGCUCUUC